UUUUCCCUCGGUGGAGGCCAUGAUGGGAGCCUGAGAGUUCAGCUGGAGCGAGAGGACCGAGAAAAGAAGAUGAUUCCCCGGGACCGAGCUGUCAAACCAAUCUCUGCCGAUUCCUGAGCUUUGUAUAUUCUAUAUACAAUUACGGUGGAGCCUGUCACUUUUUUCAGAUGUGUUCUUGGCAAUCAAAUGAUGACAAUGUUAAAUCGGUAGAAGGAUUUUGGAUCGAAGAGGCAGCAUUAGCCAUUGUUGCUAGCUAGCUGUGCUAGCUAGCUGCUUAGCUAGCGAGCUAGCUCCGUCUGGAUUCAGAUUUCGGGAACCGGUGAGUCCUCUAGUCCAUCUCGCUGUCAAUCGCGGCGGCUGCUACGACCGAGCCAUCGGCUUGGAUCGUGUCUGGCAUCUAGAGGGUUAUCUGAGGACAACUGCAUGUAUUUAAUUCGGAGGUGUUUGCAAGACGAAUUGCAGGAUUGGGAAAGUCGGGCCUGCACGGAGGAGCAGAGCAAGGCCCGUCUUUAUGAUCCAGAGGAAGCCUGUCUAAUCCGACCCACAGCCACAGCUAGCUCUGCGGGCUAGCACGUCUCUGCGAGGACCUGCAAAAUUCAGAGAGCAGACCCACUGACUGCGACAAACACGACCAGACAGCCAAUACUAGAAAAACCUGUUUUCAUCAUUUAUCCCGAAUAGACUCCUGUCACCUGCUACAAUGGCUGCGAUUAUAAAAGAAAUGGUCAGCCGGAACAAAAGGAGAUAUCAAGAGGAUGGGUUCGACUUGGACUUAACAUAUAUCUACCCAAACAUCAUUGCAAUGGGCUUUCCUGCAGAGAGACUCGAAGGCGUGUACAGAAACAAUAUAGACGACGUAGUACGGUUUUUGGAUUCAAAACAUAAAAACCAUUACAAAAUCUACAACCUCUGCGCAGAAAGACACUACGAUGCUGCCAAAUUUAACUGCAGAGUUGCACAGUACCCCUUCGAAGACCACAACCCUCCUCAGCUGGAGCUAAUUAAGCCGUUUUGUGAAGACCUGGACCAGUGGCUCAGUGAGGAUGACAAUCACGUGGCGGCCAUCCACUGUAAGGCCGGGAAGGGCCGCACUGGAGUCAUGAUCUGCGCCUAUCUCCUCCAUCGCGGCAAAUUCCUGGAGGCCCAAGAAGCGCUUGACUUUUAUGGUGAAGUCAGGACAAGGGACAAGAAGGGAGUAACGAUCCCGAGCCAGCGCCGCUACGUCUACUACUACAGCUACCUACUGAAGAACCAGCUAGAGUACAAGCCGGUGGCGCUCCUAUUCCACAAAAUGGUGUUCGAGACUCUCCCCAUGUUCAGCGGGGGCACCUGCAGGGACAGUACCGUUAAAAACAGGACCGAGCCGACCCCUCAGGGCUUCAAGAAAGGGAAUUGGCAUUGGGAUCCCCAGUUUGUGGUGUACCAGCUGAAAGUGAAGAUUCACACGUCGCACCCCGCUCACACGCGGCGUGAGGACAAGCACAUGUUUUUCGAAUUCCCCCAGCCGCUGCCAGUGUGUGGAGACAUCAAAGUGGAGUUCUUCCAUAAACAGAAUAAGAUGAUGAAAAAGGACAAAAUGUUUCACUUCUGGGUGAACACCUUCUUCAUCCCUGGACCAGAGGAGAGUGGGGAAAAGAUGGAGAACGGGGCGGUGAACAACGCAGAGAGCCAGCAGGGGGGACCUGGAGCGGGUCAGGGGCAGCCGCAGUCACAGCCACAGCCACAGCUACAGACGCAGCCACAGCGCGCCGAGAGCAGGGACAGCUGCAGGGAUAGCGACAGGGACUACCUCAUCCUGACGCUCACUAAGAACGACUUGGACAAGGCCAACAAAGACAAAGCUAACCGCUACUUCUCGCCAAACUUCAAGGUGAAGUUGUAUUUUACGAAAGCCGUGGAGGAGCCUUCGAAUUCUGAGGCAAGCACUUCGACAUCCGUCACCCCGGACGUUAGCGACAAUGAGCCAGACCAUUAUCGAUACUCUGACACCACUGACUCUGAUCCGGAAAAUGAACCUUUUGAUGAAGAGCAGCACACGCAAAUCACAAAAGUGUGAACUCUUUUUAAACAGGAAAAGAAGAAAUUAUACACCAGAAAAAAAGGAGAAAACUUGAAUAUAAACUCAAAAGAAGAACCUUUGUCCCUUCCCUCCCCCAGACGGCAAUAGAAUAUCAUCAUGUCAAAUGCCAAUUUUAGGGAAAAAAAGAUAAAUAUCCUGACCAAUAUAUUGUUUUUUUUAUUUUUCUUUUUUUCUUUGGCACGGCCAUGUACCAUGUGCGAGGUAUUGACACUGUUGCCCCAUGGGAAAAGGUGCUGUAGCUAUAAAAAUGUGUUUAUAUAUAUAUACAUACGUAUAUGUAUAUACAUAUAUACAUGCAUAUAUAAACAAACUUUUUUGUGUCAAAGACAAUGGAAAGAGUACCACAAUCAGGAGACGGGAGUUGAAGUGUGGGAGAAGUUAGAAUGAUAUACUAGGACUAUGCUGCUCCUUCUCCUGUCUAAACCAAGGCCAGUGCUGCAGUCACUUUGUUUCACUCCCUCUCUUUUCCUUCUCCCCCCUUCUCCUCAUCUUUUACUCUCCCUCCCUCCCCUCCAUCCUAUCCUCCUUCCUAUCCUCCUUUACUGUGAAUGCUUCUUGUGCUCUUUGCAGGCUGUCUCACGUGACUUUUGGCCUUUGUGCAGUGCAAACUGCAUGCGGGCAGUGGGUUGGGGGUGGGUGGGGUUAUGAAGAGGCUGUGAUGAUGUCUAAAGCAUUGCCAUUCCUGUUCCCACUGUGUAUACGUUAAAUUAUGCAGAACAAGGCAUCCCAUGUAAUUGUUAAUGUUUUUUUUAUCCUAAGAUAAUAAAAAUAUAAUACACAAAACAGCAGGGAGACAAGUGUUUGCAAUAAUGUCAACACUACAUUUAAAGGACAGUGGUGAUUUGCAUGUAUUGGAAUUGGCGUCCAUCCCUAAUAAAUGUAUGCAAUGUUGUCUUUUCUUAAAGAAACCAGCUUUGAGAUGUGUCUUCUGCGUGGGGUUCCCCAGUGCUUUGAGUCAUGCUCAGAAAAUUACAUCAGAGGUUUAUGUAAUAUUCUCCCUUCGCUGUUCGCAGUUAAUGAAAAUCAUGCAGAAUGAAAAUGAAUUUUGUCGUAUGCGGUUGUCAUCAAACGGCGAGGCCAGUUCAGUCUUUAGCUUGACACCGUUGCUGUCAACUGAAGUUGUCAUUUUAAGUGCCAGACCCUAUAAUCUAAACUCGAGCAUGUGCAGUCAUUUGGGAAGGAAAAUGUGCACAAGCGCUGCACUUGAUGAGAAAAAUGCUGUAAAGCAGGUUGUCGUCACAGCUGCUGGAGCUGUGUUAACAGUAACUUCCUGCUUUAAAGGUCAACUCUGCAAAUAGCGGGUGGGACCUGAGGUAGGGAAGUGAUGGAAGGAUUAUUAUUAAAAGUUCAACUAAGGGCGAUGAGCCCACUUCAAACAAAUAACAGUGACUCAACCAGCGAGCCCAGUAUCUACAUUAAUGGCUGUGAGUGAGAAAAAGCAUAUAAAUCUUGUGACUAUCAAGCACACUUGGUCUUUAGAGAGGUACUGCAACAGUUUGCUUUCAUUCAAACUUGACUGGUAACACAACUUGAGCUUUCACUUUAAUGGUUUCUUUAGAGAUCAGAUGAGGAUGAGGAAUUUUUGUCUUGAUAUUUCUGCCAAGUAACAGUACAUUUCCAUUUCCUGAAUUGAUUUCAAAGCAAACUGACCUCCGAACCCUGAUAAAAACAUUAACGUUUGUGAGUCAAAAACAGCCUGACCUCAUACCAAACCAUCAGUGCUGCAUGCAGAGUGGCUGUUGCUGGUUCAUCAAGGCGUUCUUCACAUGAAAUGAGCAGAGGAAGGAAAGGCUACCAGCCCAGGAGGGAGGAGCGCGAGGCCCUGGGUAGUUGAGCCUGCUCUGCUUGCAGGCUUGUGUGACUUCCCAAAUGAAAGAGUAACAGGAUUAACGACCAUGUCACUGUGAUAGGAGAGCAGAGAGUGACAGGACCCUGGCUAAAGCUUGGCCCAAAGUCUCCUGAUAGUAAAAUAAAGUAUGAAUUAAACAUAUAUAUUUCUUUAAAAAAAUGUUCCACCCCCAGAGGCAGGCAGUCACAUAAUCCCCUUCUGCUCUAUUAAGACUUGGUCCCCGGCUCUUUUGUGUUGAUAGAGACAUCAAAGCCAACCAGUGCAGCGUCAAAUGAGAAAGGCAGCAGUCGCAAGGGCCCGACUGUAAUUGGCUGAGCUGAGAAGAGGGAGAGACUCUGGUUGAUUAAUAAUGAAUGUGCUGUGCUGGGUUGAGAAAGACCAGAGAGAGAUGCCUCAGCUCUCCACAGGCAGGCGAGACUGAAGAGAACGAAGAGGGCUGACUUCAGAGCUUGAGCCAGAGAGUCCACAUCUUUGCUGUUGAUUGCCCUCCUCAUCACAUACACAAACACAGACAGCAGCAGAGGCAGCAUCUGAAAUAUUAAUCUAAUCAAUAUACAGCUUCAUUUGUAUGUUUUGAGCACUGGGUCUUCUAAAAUAUGUUUGUCUGAUUUUUCUGCACACCUUUCUUGAGAUGAUUUAGAGGAAUGUCUACUUUGUGUCCUUGAAUUUAAAUUUUCCUCCAUGUGUGUCAUAUAUUAUACAUCCAGCCAGAUGGUCCACUUCCCACUUCUCCCAGCAAGCCUUAUAUUAGUAGGUCCAUUAUGGAAGCCCAUUUGUUUAUAAUUAGACAUAAAAAUAUGAAUAUUUAUCAUCAUUCAUCAUUAUUCGUAGUUUUCUGUGCUAUAUGUUUUCUACACAAAGUCAUUCAGUGUUCGCUUGGGUAUUGGUUCAGUGAAUAGGGUGACAUGGUCACUUUAACCUCCUAAGACCCGAGCUCUAUUCUUUGCUAUAUAGGCUGAUUGGGACCUGAGAAAAAUGAUGUCCACAUAUGAGGACAUUAGUUUUAAAUUUCGAUUACUGAGUGGCAGUAUAAUAUCCUCAUAUGUGGUCACCAGGCCCUUGUUGAGAAAAAGUUAGUAUUGUGGUCUAGAGAACCCAAAAUGUGAGGUCCACAUAUGUGGACGCCAGGUCCUAGGAGGUUAAGGGUCUGGGAGAGUUAAGUUACCGUUGUUGUGUUCUUCCCAGUCUCUUCUUGCUUUGUGUGUUACUAUAAGGAUGCACACGUUUUGUGUGUUAAGAGCUAGAAAUUGCCUGCCACUGUUUGUCACAAUUUCUACAUUGAAGACAUCGACGUAUGUCUGCUGGACGCCUCCAGAGACUCAUGGUGACCAAUGAAGUUUCCCUCAAGCUACUGGAGUUCUGGGAGUUGUCUGCCUCGGCCUGGUUCACCCAGACAGAAACGCAAUUCGCCCUGACUCUAUUUUUCAGAAUAUCUACAAUAAAAUAUUGAAGCAUAAAAAGUCAGGAACAUCAUAGAAAGUGAAAAAAGUGAACUAAAAAGUGAGAAAAAAAGAAAUACUAUUGUAAGGUAAGUAAGGUAGUAAGUAAGUAAAAAACAUCAUAUUAAGGCAAAAAAAAGUCAUAGAAACAACAUAGUAUAUUAAGGCAUGAAAAGUAAAUAAACGACAGCAUAGUAAGACAUAAAAAGUGAAAAAACAACAGUAUACUGAGGCCUCAAAAUUGAAAAAACAUCAUAGAAUAGUGAGGUAUUAAACGUAAUACUACAGUAAGUUUCUACAACGUCAAAAAAUGACAUAGUAUAGUAAGUCAUAAAAAGUAAUAAAAUGACAUAGUAUAGUGAGGCAUAAAAAGUCCUGAAAACGACAUAGUAUAGUAAGGCCUAAAAAAUGGGAAAAAAAGACAUAGUAUAGUAAGGAAUAAAAAUGGAAAAAAAAGACAUAGUAUAGUAAGGAAUAAAAAUUGAAAAAGAAAAGUCAUAGUAUAGUAAGGCCUAAAAAGUCAUAAACAUGACAUAGUAUACUGAGUCAUAAGAAGUCAUGAAAACGUAAUAGUAUAGUAAGGCCUAAAAAGUGAAAAAAACGACAUAGUAUAGUAAGGCCUAAAAGGUGAAAAAAAAUACAUAGUAUAUAAUAGUAUAAAAAGUGAAAAAACAUCAUAGUAUAGCAAGGUAUAAAACAUCAUAGAAAGGAAGUUUCAACAACAUCAAAAAAAUAUAAUAGUAUGCUAAGGCAUAAAAGGUCAUAAAAACGACAUAGUAUAGUAAGGCAUAAAAAGUUAAAAAAAACUGACAUAGUAUAGUAUGGCAUAAAAAGUCAUAAAAAUAACACAGUAUAGUAAGGCCUAAAAAGCCAUAAAAACGACUUGGUAUAGUAAGGCCUAAAAAGUGAAAAAAGACAUAGUAGAGUAAAGUAUAAAAACGUGAAAAUACGUCAUAGUAUAGUAUGGCAUAAAAAGUCAUAAAAACGACAUAGUACAGUAUGGCAUAAAAAGCCAUAAAAACAACAUAGUAUAGUAAGGCCUAAAAGCGUGAAAAUACGUCAUAGUAUAAUAUGGCAUAAAAAGUGAUGACAGCGACAUAGUAUAGUGAGGCAUAAAAAGCCAUAAAAAUGACAUAGUAUAGUAAGUCAUAAAAAGUCAUAAAAACGACAUAGUAUAGUAAGGCAUAAAAACGUGAAAAUACGUCAUAGUAUAAUAUGGCAUAAAAAGUGAAAAAAACAACAUAGUAUAGUAAGGCAUAAAAAGCCAUAAAAAUGACAUAUUAUAGUAUGGAAUGAAAAGUCAUAAAAACGACAUAGUAUAGUAUGGCCUAAAAAGUGAAAAAAGCGACAUAGUAUAGUAAGGCAUAAAAAGUGAAAAAAACGACAUAGUAUAGUAAGGCAUAAAAAGUGUAAAAAACAACAUAUUUUAGUGAGGCCUAAAAGUCAUGAAAACAACAUAGUAUAGUGAGGCAUAAAAAGCCAUAAAAAUGACAUAGUAUAGUAAGGCCUGAAAAGUGAAAAAAACAUCAUAGUAUACUGAGGCCUAAAAAGUGAAAAAACAUCAUAGAAUAGUGAGGUAUUAAAUGUAAUACUACAGUAAUUUUCAACAACAUCAAGAAAGGACAUAGUAAAGGUAAGUCAUAAAAAGUAAUAAACAUGACAUAGUAUAGUGAGGCAUAAAGAGUAAUGAAACAUCAUAGUAUAGUAAGGCAUAAAAGGUCAUAAAAACGACAAAGUAUAUUAAGGCAUAAAAAGCCAUAAAGACGACAUAGUAUAGUGACAUAUAAAAAGUCAUGAAACAUCAUAGUAUAGUAU